CAAAUAGGGUAGAAUUCAUGGAUGUUGCCAUCAGUGAGAUGGGCAUAUCGAGGAAUCUACAUCUGCAGCAAUUUUGAAACACUACCAGAGGUCCAGAUUCUCUGAUUCCCAAUUUUGAAGCCGUAAGCCACGCUCCAAGCAUCGUUAUCUCUCUCCAUGGCUACGCUAACUGGAGCUUCUUCUUCUUCUUCUUACAUGUGCUUAACCAAGGUAUUACCCCCAUUCUCUUCCACUUCAUUCCCCAUUUUGUUGCCAUAUCUUUCCAAGGUCCCUCGCGAUUCUCCUUUCUCUUUGGCUUCCCCUGUGACUGGAAGGAGAAAGGUUCGUUUCAAUCCCUCUUUUGCUCGGGACCGCGAGUUCGGCGAUUUGGUGGAGACGAGGGAGACGAGGGAGACGCGUUUGUACUCUCUCGCGCCUUUUCCUCUACUGUUCGUCGCUGCUCUUCCUGGAGCGGGAACUGUGAGGUCUCUCUUUGGUCCUUUUGUCGAGCUUGUUAAAUCUUGGAAUCUUCCUGAAUGGCUGGUACAUUGGGGUCAUCCAGGCAACAUGGCUGUUGUGCUCUUCGCCAUGGGUGGCUAUGGAACAUAUUUAGGUUUCCGAAUCCGUUACUCUAACGAUGUGGAGGAGAAAGCCAAUGCCAAAGACUUGCAUCCAAAGCUUCUUGGUGGAAUGUUCUUCUUUUUUGCUCUUGGAGCAACAGGUGGAAUCACUUCUCUACUUACAUCAGACAAACCUAUAUUUGAGAGUCCACAUGCUGUAACGGGAUUCAUCGGCCUCGCACUCUUGACUUUACAAUCUCUUCUGCCUUCACUUUUUGAGGAUAAUCCUGGGCUGAGGAAUAUUCAUGGUAUUUUGGGGAGUGGAAUCAUGACACUGUUUCUCAUCCAUGCUGCACUUGGACUUCAACUUGGCCUCAGUUCCUAAAUCAUAGCUGCAAGUAAAGCACCACGUAGGUUGUUGUUUUGAAUUUUUCAGUACAAUCUCCUUUCAUAGGAAGCCUCCAUGCAGUCCUUUCAGAUUAGGAAAACUUCAUAUUACUGCCUUUUCCUCAGAUCAACCAGGCUGCCUUUCUUGUUCACAGUAUAUUCAUUAUUCUUCUAAAUUUUAAUAAAUUUAUGUUGGGGCCUCUCAAUUCUACCUGUUCCUUUUCAUGCUGUUGGCGUUCAUGUGUGUAUGAAAGCAUAGAUGGUUUGAACUUCUA